UCCGGAACAGGAACUGCGCGCCGAGCGGGCGCGGCGCCCUCCUCCUACCCACGCCCAGUGCAGAGAAGAAAUGUAUCAAGCAAGACCCCUCUCUAGGAACCUCUUUUUGUACACCUUCCUGCAAAACCAUGGCCCUGGCUUCCUGGAUGACCAAGGUGAGGGGCUUCCCGGCGUGACCAGUAUCUUGGAGUUCCACCCUGUCUCCCCCUACAGUGACGGCCCCCACUACUUGGCCAUGCAGCUGGCCUCCAUUGCCGACGAGAUGGAGCUGAGGCCGCUGCUGCCCCAGUUCGUCGAGCCCAUCCGGAUGACCGUGUACAGCCACAUAGGACUGAGGGACGUUCUUAGAAGUUUUAUGGUGGCUUUCACUAACCUCAGGGAGAACAGAAGCCUCUGGAGCUUCCUGACCCUCAGGGACAGGGUGUCCCCCAGCCCGUGGCCCGAGCUGGCGCUGUCCCUGCUGCUGGCGGUGACGCUCAGCUGGGGCCGCCGCCUCCACUGACCUGCUGCUGGCCCGUGUGGGGUGGGGCUGGCCCCCCGC